CAUGGACUUCUUCACAGUACUACUCUCUCUUCUGUUUCCAUUUCUCUGGGCAUUCCUUCACAUAUUCAUCUCUAACAAAGUCUUCAGAUCUUCGAAACGCCUUCCUCCUGGGCCUUCCCCGUUACCAGUAAUAGGAAACAUCUUAGAUGUUGGGAACAAUCCUCAUCAAUCUCUGACUAAUCUCUCUAAACGCUAUGGACCCAUCAUGACCCUCAAGCUUGGAACCAUAACCACAAUAGUCAUCUCCACUGUUGCAAUGGCCAAAGAAGUUCUUCACACUAAUGACUUAGUCUUCUCCAGCAGAACGGUCCCAGACUCUGUCUCUUCUCUCGGCCACGACAGAGUUUCAGUAGUGUGGAUAUCUGCUUCUGCUAAAUGGAGAUCUCUCAGAAGAGCUUGCUCCACUGAACUCUUUUCACCUAAGCGGCUAGACUCAACUCAAUCUCUUCGUCAAAAGAAGAUGCAAGAGCUUCUAGAUUUUGUUGAAGAACGAUGCAAGAAAGGGGAAGCUGUGGAUAUUGGUGAGGCCGCUUUUACUACAGCCCUUAACUCUACAUCUAACACUUUCUUCUCCCUGGAUUUGGCUUAUUAUAGUUCUGAUAGGGCUCAGGAGUUUAAGGACACUAUAUGGGGUAUAAUGGAGGAAGCUGGGAGGCCCAAUAUUGUGGAUUAUUUUCCCGUGUUUCGUGGACUUGAUCCGCAAGGUGUACGAGCCAGGAUGGAUUAUUAUUUUGGGAAGCUGCUUAAGUUUUUUGAUGGUAUUGUGGAGGAGAAACUGCGUUUGAGAAGCUCAAAAGCGGAAUCUGAGAUCACCAAUGAUGUGAUGGAUUCAUUCCUAAAUCUCCUGAUAAAUUCUCAGUUGACUCGCGAAGAAGUGCUUCACUUGUUUCUGGAUUUAUUUGCCGCUGGGAUCGACACUACUUCAAGCACCGUGGAAUGGGCAAUGGCAGAAUUUAUUCACAACCCAGAAAAACUGGUAAAAACAAAACAAGAACUUCAACAUGUUAUUGGCAAAAAUGGGAAGUUCGAAGAAUCAAGAAUCUCGGAGUUACCAUACUUAAACGCAGUGGUGAAGGAGACUCUUCGCUUGCAUCCUCCGGUUCCAUUUCUGAUACCUCGCAAGUCAGAUAACGACGUGCAGAUCGGAGGGUUUGUAGUGCCCAAAAAUUCACAGAUACUUGUGAACGUGUGGGCCAUGGGACGAGACUCAAGAGUUUGGAAGGAGCCAUAUUCCUUUGAACCAGAAAGGUUUUUGGAGGGUCAUGAUCAUCAUAAGGUGGAUUUCAAAGGUCGAGAUUUUGAGUUCAUUCCGUUCGGAGCUGGAAGAAGGAUUUGUCCUGGAUGGCCAUUAGCGAAUAGGUCGGUGCACUUCAUGUUGGUCACUCUUUUGAAUAACUUUGAUUGGAUUCUUGAGGAUGAUUUGAAGCCGAAAGAGAUGGACAUGAGUGACAGGUUUGGGUUGACUUUGAAGAAGUCUCAGCCUCUUCAUGCUGUGCGUACUAAGCUUAGAACUUAAUUGGUGUAGCAUAUAAUGCAUUUGAUGUUCAUUAAAACGAAUAACUAAUUGAAUCAGAUGUUAUUUGGAAUGUAUUGAUCCUUUCCU